AAGCAAUUUUGAAUGCAAGUAUGCGGAUAGAACGACCAGUCAUGUGUCUGUGUCUGUGUGAGAUAUAAGUAUAGGACUUGACUACAAAUAUGGGAUUAAGUGGACGGCAGCGAAACAGAUUCGUAUAUUUACCAGUUGGGGCAACUCCGAUGCGGGGUUGACACAUACUGUCCGAUUCCCGCAUACAUCCCACGGUCAGCUUUCCGGGGAUAUCUGGUGUCUCUUACAUAAACUUCCAAGGUUAUUAGGGGGGUACCUAGUACCUACUCAACAUUAAACCGUGCCUAACAUCCAACGGCACUUACUUCAUCGUUUUACCCCUUGAUCACACCUCCUAUAUUCGGUACCUAGCUAGCUAUGGAGGGGAAAUACGCAACGUACCCAAGCCUCCGCGGCAAAACCGUGCUGAUCACCGGCGGCGCCGAGGGCAUCGGCGCCUCCGCCGUCGAGCUGUUCUGCCGCCAGGGCUCCACCGUCGUCUUCCUCGACAUCUCCCCCGCCUCCGCCUCCGCCCUCAUCUCCAAGCUGGAAAACACACCCGGGGCGACGGUGCCCGCGUUCCUGCACUGCGACGUCACGGACCUGGCCCGGCUGAGGGAGUGCGCGGACACGGUGGUCGCGCAGCACGGCGCCGUCGACGUGCUGGUGAACAACGCGGCGGGCGCGGGCGGCAAGGCGCGCGCGCAGACCGCGAACGUGACGCCCGAGUCCUGGGACCACGACGUCGGCGUCAAUCUGAGGCACCAGUUCUUCCUGACGCAGGCCGUCGUGCCGUCCAUGCGGCGGAAGGGAGCCGGGGGGAGCAUCAUCAACAUGGGCUCGAUCACGUGGCGCAUCCCGACCGUCGGCGUGCCGGUCUACGCGCUGUGCAAGGCGGCCGUCAUGGGCAUGACGCGCACGCACAGCAAGGAGUUUGGCAGGGAUGGGAUCAGGGUUAACAGCGUGAUGCCGGGGGCGAUAUCGACGCAGAGGCAGAUUGAGGAGGUGCUGACGGAGGAGUAUAGGAGGGAGGUUUUGGGCGCGCAGAGUUUGAAGAGGGAGUUGUUGCCCGAUGAGGUCGCGAGGUUGAUUUUGUUUUUGGCGGCGGAUGAUUCGAGUGCGAUUACGGGGAGUAGUUAUGUGGUGGAUGGGGGGUGGGUGGGCGAUGUGUAAGGGGGGGUGUAUUUAUUGGGCUAGUAGGAACUUGACCUUGGCCUCGUUGGGGAAAGGGGAUGGUGAUUUUAGCUAGGUCACCUAAGCUAGAAUAUAUCGUCAAGAGUGAGCAUCUAUUCAUGUAACUCUACCUCUGUCACAAGCUGUGGUUAAGGCGUCAUAUAAUGGUAUUAAUCAGUUUCAAAGUACCUGUCUACUACCUUCCUU